AUGGCGGCGGCGGCGGCGGGGUCGGCGGUUUCGGCCGUUGCCCCGCACCCGGCCCCGCACGGGGACGGUCCGAGCGGCCAAGGGAGCUUCCUGGGGCCCCGCCCGCCCCCGGAGGUGGAAGCCCUGGCCCGGCACCUCCAGGCCCUGCAGAAGGACACCUUCAGGAAACUCCUCAAAGCCGUGGUCAGUGCCCUGGAAGGGAAGGACUGCAGAGAAUCAAUCAGACUCAUCUCGGAAAGCUCCAGUCUGUCUGAUGAACAGCUCAGUGUCCUGAUUUCGGGCAUGUACACCCUUCUCAAAGAAGCACUCCGACUCCCAACAUCAACCCUUAAGCAAGAAGUUUUUAAGGAAGACCUCAGAGAUCUAAGGGUACCUCAGGAGUUCAUUGUGGAUUUUGUGAGUGUGGUCUUCGGGAACAGACGUCCUACCCUGGAAGUCCUGAAGCAGGGAACGCAGUUGCCAAGUAUUGACGACUUCAAGUGGAGAGUGGAUGUGGCAAUUUCCACAAGUUCGUUGGCCCGGGCACUGCAGCCGUCCAUUUUAAUGCAACUGAAGCUUUCAGAUGGGACAGCCCAUCGCUUCGAAGUUCCAGUAGCAAAGUUUCAAGAAUUGAGGUACAAUGUUGCCCUCAUACUGAAGGAGAUGAAUGACUUGGAAAAGAGAAGCAUCCUUAAAAUCCAGGACUAAACAUUGCCUUCCUGUGAUUAAAUAAACCAGUAAGGUGUAAAUGGUCUUCUUUUGUGUAAUCUAAAACCAUCAAACAUACUAUUUCUCUCAAUAUUGUAACUUUUGUAUUAACAUGCUGUAAAUAUUUUUCAAUUAAAGUACUCUAAAAAGUU